AUGGCUCUGCCAGCAAAACGGAAAUAUGAUAGAUCAGAUCCACCAGUUUUAAUUCCUUUCUUAUAUGGAAGAGAAGAAGGAACCUGGCUACCCUUGUCAACACCCGGCAGCAAGCGAGCGCAAGCUGAAUUCGCUCCAUAUUGCUCGUUUGAGGAGUUAAUUUACAACGAUGAAAGGACAAGAUACGCUCGUUGUAUUGACUCGAACUGCAGAAAACAAUGUACGAAACCGUUUUUUUAUACAAAAGGUGAAAACGCAAAUUACCUUCAAAAGAAAUUUGUGGCGCAUAUGGACGAAAGCCCUCUCGCAAAACGAAUUAUUAUUGUUCGACCACCAGAAAACUCACAAGCUAUUCGUCAAUUUUUUCGUCAGAACAAAUUCUCGGAUGAGGAAGUAAAGCAACUACGAAAACUUCAAUGUGAAAUGAUCGCGAGUGGGACUGUUCCCAUAUAUUUCUUUUCAACACCCCAAAUGGCAAAUUUCAUGGCAAAAUACACGGAGCUCACCACGAGAAGCGCGAACACAUUCGCCGAUCAAGUAAAAUCAAGCGACGUUACUCUAAAAAAAUUGGCGAAGGAUGAAGAUCAGUGCAUAAAAGUCCUAAUCCGCGGAAAUAUUGAUUUUAUUGAAAAUUCGGCGGAGUUUUGCCUUCUUCUCGACCACCAGUUUAAUAGAUCGCCGAAAGAAUCGCAUAGAGGAAAUAAAAGGCUCGGCCUUGCGAUGCAGCACACAAACACUGAGCUAGUGACUUCAAAGAUUCUCCUGACUUACAAGCCAAUGUUCUCAUCAGGAAAAGAUGCGAACGUUCCUGAAAUUGAGAGAAUACUGGAGGGGUAUGGACUACUAAAUGGGGUCCGAAAAGGAAACAUUCCAGUUUGCUGCGACAUGGCAGCUCUCGCAAUCGCCAAAAAAUUAUCGCCACAAAACUACAACGGUUGUUUCUCACAUCAUAUCUCCAACUUUGUCGAGUUAAUUCUGACGAACCUCGCCGAAAGAACAAAGAUUCACUGGCUAAACGCCAAAGACGAAAUCGAAAAAUUUGAAAACCUCGUUCAAGGGUCGAACGAGCUCAAAUACGAGUCCCGAAACGCCUACUUACGUCGGACCGAGCUUGACGAAGUCGACAAAACAGCUCUUGCCCAAAUACUUGUGGAGUGCGAAAUUGACUCACGUUACCUGUCAGCCAACGAGAUCAAAAAGAAGGCAGAGAAGAAGAAAGCUAUACUCAAGUAUUAUCCGACCAUAGAAAAAUGCGAAAAGAGUACGCGGUUCCGAAAAUAUGUCAAAUCGCUUAUAAAUCUCAAAAUAGCAAACAAGCCUAUGGUCGCUCUUGAGGCCAACACACAUCCGCAAUCGCACCUCGCUCUCGAUCAUCAGAUGAACACAGUCUUUCUCGAUGCGCUGAUGCCAUUUCUCGUCCGAUUAGCACAAAUGAUUUCUCUAGCUGAGUCAGAAAACGUCGGAAGUGGUUUCGCACUGCGAGAAUACGAGCUUUUCGGUGCAAUCAGUGCUCGUUCAUAUUACGGAAGCGUCGGAUGCCGAAAAGAUAUUGCGCGCUCUUGUUUACAAUCUGUUAUCGAGCAUUUGUUCGGUUACUGGGUGACAAACUCUGGCGAAAAGCAAAAAUCAACGAUACCGAAGCGAAUUCACGAUAAAGAGAUUGCUCAAUAUUAUCUCUAUCUUGAGACACAUUUUUUAAACUUAGAGAUUUUUACGGACGAAUUGGAUAAAAGCAAGUCCGAUCCUAUGAUUUCUACAAUGCUGAAGCUUAUCGGAACCGAAACUGAAUCAUGGAAACAAACAGCGCACAACUAUAUUAUCAGUUUGUCAAAAUCGGUGUCGAAGCAGACUGGCAGUGCUUCUCAAGAAAGUACUCCUUCUCAAGAAUGUACUCCUUCCCAAGAAAGUACUCCUUCCCAAGAAUGUAAUCCUUCCCAAGAAUGUUCUCCUUCCCAAGAACAAAUCAACGAGGUGACAAAAGGAUUUCGCUCAAAGCUCUGGGCGAAAAAAGCUCAGAAGAAAAAAUUGCCAUCCAAAGAAAAAACCAUCGAGGAUGAGUUGGCCUUAUAUGAUGAUCUUGAUGUCGAUGAUUUAGAAAUAUUCGAGGAAAGAAUGAAGGCAAAGAAGAUUCCAAAACAUAACUGGCCUUAUUACUUUUCAGCACAGCUGCCUGAGACGAUGCCAAAACUAAAAUUCGUUUCCAAACUGCUCUAUCUUGGGUCUAGACAGUCCUCAUCUUUACUCGAAAGAAUUUUCUCCCGGACUUCCAAAUUCAACACGGACGAUCAGCGACAAAGUCUGCUUGUGGAGACAAUCGAGUCGGAGGUCCUCCCCAUUCUUUUACAGGUUUUCAAAAAAAAAACAAGCAAGAAUUUAUAA